AUUUUUUGUUUGUUAUGAACUAACAUGAAUAACAAAAUAUAAAUGAUGAUGAUUUAGUUAUAUCUUCUGAUGAGGAAGAAUAGAUCUCAAAGAUUAUUGAAUAUGAUCCCACAGGUCGUUUUUGCAAGGUAUUUAUCAUCAUAAAUAUUUUAGUAUAAUGAAGAGAUUGGAAAAGGAGCAUACAAAAAUGUUUAUAGAGGUUAUGAUAAUGAAAGUGGAUGUGAAGUUGCAUGGAAUGUAUUUUAAUUAAUGAAUGUUUCUGAAAGUAUAAAUUAUAAAUAAUAAAGAUGAGAGAAGAAGAGCAAAAUAGGAAAUUGCAAUAUUGAAAAGUCUAUAACAUAAGAAUAUUAUACGAUUUGUACAUUCUUGGUAGAGUAAAUCAAAAAAAGAAUUAGUUUUUAUUACUGAAAUAGUUAAUGGAGGUUCGUUGAAAAGGUAAUCUUUUAUAAUUAUUAUAUUUAAAGUUAUAUUCGCAGAAUUACUAAACCUAAAUUAAAAGUAAUACGUUAUUGGUGUAAACAGAUUCUUGAAGGAAUAGAAUUUAUGCAUUCACAAAAUAUUAUACAUAGAGAUUUGAAAUGUGAAAACAUUUUUAUUGAUACUAACAAUAAUGAAUUAAAAAUUGGAGAUCUGGGAUUAUCUAUUUAGUAAAUACUCUUUAUUAAAUAAGAGAAUGCAAUCUCAGUAUACAAGUUCCGUUUUAGGUACUCCUGAAUUUAUGGCUCCAGAGAUAUAUAAUGGCAAUUAUAAUACAAAAGUGGAUAUUUAUGCAUUUGGAUUGUGUAUUUUAGAAAUGAUAACAGGUUUGAAACCUUUUAGUGAAUGUAAAGGAGGCACAGGAUAAAUCAUUAAAAAAAUUAUGGAAAAUUAAAAACCUUAAAGUAUAGAGGCAAUUCAAAAUGAAAAAAUUAAGAUGAUAAUAUUAGAGUAAUUGUAUAAUUUAAUUUAUAGAUGUCUCAAACCACCGGAUGAAAGACCUACAGCUACUUAAUUAUUGAAUUAAUACUUUCUCUCUACUUUAUGUGAUGAUGAUAAUUCACCUGUCUCAAUAAAUGAAUCUAUGAUUGUUCAAAUUAUGAAUGAUAGUAAAAGUAUAAUAUAUCUCUAUAUAUUUAGAUUCCUCUGUUUUAAAAUAUAUUCCUUCUAAAAAUGUAAGUGAAUAAAAAGGAACGAAUAAUUAAAUUAUAACUAACAAUCCAUCUAAUAAGAUUAAUUCCAAUUAUGUAUUACAAGAAAUCAAUCCUAAUUCAACGAAGUAAAGUGACAUUAAAUUCAACAAAUUAAGCAUCGAUACUAAGGAUGAUUACUCUCUUGAACUUCAAUUUAAUAAAUGCUAUAGAGAAUACUAUGUAAGAGUUUUAUUCAUUUUAUUUAGUUAACUCAAAAUGAUGAAACCUUAUUAGAUCUUGAAUAAAGAUAAGAAAAAGAAAUUUAAUUACUCUAACUGAUUCAUAAAUAAUAAAAAAAUGAACUCUAAAACAAAUUAUCUUAAACUUAUAGACCUCCUAUCAUUCCAAGUGGAUCAGGAUUUUUAUCUCCAAAAUCAUUUUUCACAUUAUUCGAAUUUAAUAGUAAUGAUUUACAACAUCAACAAAUACAAAAACUAACUUAUUAAUAAUAGUCAACCUUUACUAAUAAAAGAACAGAUACAUUUAGUUAAGAUGAAGAUGUAAUGAAAAAAAAUGAAUAUAAAAAUUUUAGUAUAAGUGCUAACCAAUCGGUAAUUUAUAUUACUAUUAUAAUAGCAACAAUUAUGUAAAUUUACUACAGACGUUGCAUUGUAAUAGAAGACAGAAAGUAUUAGAAGAACUAUUUAAAGUUGA